CUUUUCCUCAAUUAUCCGCGCUACUGCUCCUUCUUCCGCCAUAGCCCAACAUGUGGCGACGCCGUAUCACAAUCGAUGACAGGGCCAUUACUGAUGGUUCGGGCAUCACGCUCAAGCAGUCCCUUUUCCCUAAUUUUCUCGUAACCAUUCUUUUCUUCCUCUGGGGCUUUGCUUACGGCCUCCUCGAUACCCUCAACUCCCAUUUCCAAGAUGAACUUAACAUCACCGCAAGCAUGUCAUCGGGUUUAUCUGCUGCGUACUUUGGGGCAUACUUUCUCUGUCCCUUAACGGUCUCUGGAUGGAUUCUCCGCCGAUUCGGGUUCCGCGUAACCUUCAUGACUGGCUUAUGCGUAAUGACAAUCGGCUGCCUCCUCUUCUGGCCCAGCGGCGUCAAGGCUUCCUUCGGAGGUUUCUGCGGCAGCAUGUUCGUCGUCGGCGCCGGCCUCUCGACCCUCGAAACCGGAGCCGACAAUUUCCUUGCUAUCUGUGGCCCCCCUCGAUACUCCGAGAUUCGACUGAACCUAGCACAGGGUAUCCAAGGCGUGGGAACAUUCGUGGCGCCGCUUCUCGCCUCACGCGUCUUCUUCGCCAACACCGUCGAUACACAACAGGGACUGAAGAACGUGCAAUGGGUGUACCUGGGUGUCGCAUGCUUCGUGGCCCUGCUUGUCCCGCUCUUCUAUAUCGCGCCCAUGCCGGAGGUGACCGAUGCGGACAUGGGUCUGCAGGAGCGGGAUAUCUCCGAGACGGAUGUUGGGCCGUUCAGGAAACAGUACAAUUUGUUCCUUGGCGUGUGGAGUGAGUUCUGCUAUACCGGGGCGCAGGUGGCUGUUGCGAAUUACUUCAUCAAUUUCGCCGAGGAGGCGGGGUAUAGUGCUGCCAAGUCAUCCGACCUCCUCGCCGUCGGCCAGGGCCUAUACACCUUCAUGCGCUUCGUCUCCAGCGGCCUCAUCACCGUCGGGGUAAAACCCCGCUACAUCCUCGCCACAUACCUAGGACUGUGCUUCAUAUUCGGCGUCGCCGCAACCACCACAUCUGGUCCUACCAGCGUGGCUAUGUUGAUUCUCGUGCUUUGUUUUGAAAGUGCAUGCUUCGCCACAAUCUUCACCCUCGCCCUACGCGGUCUAGGCCAACACACCAAGCGCGGCGGCAGUAUGCUAGUAGCCGCUAUCUCUGGUGGUGCUGCCAUCCCGCCCAUGACUGGGGCCGUGGCCACCCAUACGGGCAACUUUCACAAGGCCAUGGCGAUCCCGACGGCCUUCUAUGUCCUCGCAUGGAUAUUCCCCAUCUAUGCGAAUACGGUGAGUCGGAAGCUGUUGGAUGGACAUCGGACAACGGAUGUGAAUGUUUCGGGGGAGAAGAAGGUGGUUGAUGGGCAUGAUGGGGUGGAGGUGGAGUUGCAGACGGAGGAUGGAAAGGGUGGGACGGAGAGGGUGGAGAAUUUUGGUGCUGCGUAGAGUAUGUGGUACUGUAGUUGGCUACGUGAAAAGAGUAUGUUAUAGCGCUUGGUGUGUUGUGAUUAUCUCGACUAUCUAAUGCAGCGAGCCAGUAAAUCGGCUCCUUAAUAUAAGCUUAUAGGUGAUUUGCCAAGGCCGUUCUUCUUGUCACUUCAUUAAGCAGCUGUGAUAGCCUGCGAUGAUGAAAGCAGCAUUCACCCCAGUAGCUCUUUUGCGUCGGAACUCAUCAGGUUACUCACCAGGAACAUGACUCACUAGUUAAAGAUGUCAACGCCCGUGCAAUCUCCAAUUUCGACAUAUAAUCCAUGCCAUCUACAGUCAAAAUCAAGUGAUACCAGC